UGUAGUUCAUGUGGACUGGUAUUUAUUUUAGCAGCUCGUGCUACACGCAGAAAUGCUGCCAGUGUGGAAGAGAUAACGCACAGAAAACUCGCUAUAUCUCUUUGUGUUCACUUAAAACGUGUAGUUUUAGCUCUGCUCUGAAAUGGCGAACGACGGUGGAGCGAAGCUGUCUAAAAAUCUCCUGCGGAUGAAGUUCAUGCAGAGAGGAUUGGAUGCGGAGGUGAAGAAGCAGCUGGAUGAGGAGGAGAAGCGGAUCAUCAGUGAUGAACACUGGUUUCUGGAUCUGCCCGAGCUUAAGGCCAAAGAAAACCACAUCAUCGAGGAGAGAAGUUUCGUUCCCUGUGAGGAUCUGGUUUACGGCAGAAUGUCAUUCAAAGGCUUCAAUCCUGACAUCGAGAAACUAAUGUUACUAAUGAACGCACCCAGAGAGGAAGAGGAUGAAGAAGAGGAGGACGAGAGCAUGAACAAAAUGGAAACCGAUAUCACAGAUGAAGAGAUGGCUAUAAGGUAUCAAAGUUUGGUUGAGAGCAUGAGGAAAAAGUUUGCCAAGAAAAGAGAUCGCAGCGCUGUCUCAAACAAAGAAGAGGACGUAAACAGCAACGUCACUGACGAUAUCAGACCCAAACGAGCUUUCAUGAAGCCGCAGGACUGAGACGUUUUAUCUGUAAAUGCUUUAUUUUUUAUGCAAUGGACAUUUUGUUUUAUUAGUAGUUAGUUUUUUUUCUGUUUGGUAACCACAAAUGCAUUGUUAAAAGACUGUCUUUUAUGGGAAAAGUACUAGUGGAUGGUGCACUAGUAACAUCUGAAGGGUUUUUUGACAAUUAAAUGUACCAUCAUUGAAAACA